CUAUAAAUUGAUUUGCAAAUAGAAUCAUUUCGCCAGUUAUUCACUAACGAUCCCCGAAGAAUUUACUCUUGAAGCUCAGUGUUUUCAAAAUAAAAUUUACAAAAAUGAGUUUUGUAAUUAAAAUUGUGCUUCUAGCUUGCGUGCUGGCGGCUGCAGCUAAACCAUUAACAAGAGAAGAAGAGGAAGCGAUGAUUGCCGAAUUAAUUGGAAAGUGUAAAAGUGCAGAAGGCGCUUCGGAUAGUGAUGUCCAGGAAGCUAUGGCACAUAUACCUCCGACAACUCGCCCGGGACAAUGUUUUAAUGCAUGCAUUAUGGAGAGUCUAGGCCUUAUGGUAGGCGGCAAGAUAUCAGUUGAAGGAGGUGUAAAAAUGGCUGAGAGAUCCGGCGAUCCUACAAAAGUUAAGAAUUCCGAAAGUGUUGGCAAAGAAUGCCAGUCCGUUGGUGGAGGAGACCGAUGCGAUUCUGCCUUAGCUAUUAUGCAGUGUGUUGCCGAAGUUUCUGCUAAACUUGGUAUAGAUCCAUCUAAAGAUUUGCAUUAAAAUUUCCACUGAAUGCACCCGUAUCAGAUUUCGGAUUCGUUAAAUGGACUUGCUUGUUUCAAUAACAAAGUUUUGUAUAGCAUAAUAAAAUUGUCAUU